AUGGCCUUCACUCCCAGAGGUAGAGGAGGUCCCCCACGAGGUGGACGCGGUGGUUUUGGUGGUGGUCGUGGAGGUUUUGGCGGUGGUCGUGGAGGUUUCGGCGGUGGUCGUGGUGGUGGUGCUCCCAGAGGCCGAGGUGGCCCCGCUCGUGGACGCGGCGGUGGUAGAGGAGCCCCCCGUGGUGGACGUGGUGGUGGUGCCCGAGGAGCCAAGGGUGGACAAAAAGUCAUCGUUGAGCCUCAUCGUCACGCUGGUAUCUUCGUUGCCCGCGGCGCCAAAGAAGAUCUUCUUGUCACCAAGAACUUGACUCCUGGUGACUCCGUAUACGGUGAAAAGCGGAUUGCUGUUGAGGCUCCCGCUGAAGAUGAUGCGCCUGCUGCUAAGACCGAGUACCGUGUCUGGAAUCCUUUCCGGAGCAAGCUUGCCGCAGGUGUGCUUGGUGGUUUAGACAAAAUCUUCAUGAAGCCUGGAUCUAAAGUUCUUUACCUCGGUGCCGCUUCUGGAACUAGUGUUUCUCACGUCGCAGACUUGGUUGGUCCUGAAGGAACAGUCUAUGCCGUUGAAUUCUCUCACAGAUCCGGUCGUGACCUGAUUGGCAUGGCUACAAAACGCACCAAUGUCAUUCCCAUCGUUGAAGACGCUCGUCACCCCAUGAAAUACAGACUGCUGGUCCCCAUGGUGGAUGUGAUUUUCGCUGACGUCGCCCAACCUGACCAAGCUCGUAUCGUCGGCUUGAACGCACAUCUGUUUCUCAAGAACGAGGGUGGUGUUCUCAUUAGUAUCAAGGCCAGCUGCAUUGACAGCACGGCCAAGCCCGAGGUUGUCUUCGCUCACGAAGUUGAACGUCUCAGAGCCGAGAAGAUUAAGCCCAAAGAACAACUUACACUUGAACCUUUCGAGCGUGAUCACUGUAUCGUGGCCGGUGUUUAUACCCGUUCUUAA